GGAGGAACCGCAUGGAAAGUCAGUCAUGCUUGAUGUCACACGAUCAAGUACAUAAAGAGGAUGGAAAUUGGUUGAAUUGUUUCAUUCAUGGGAAAAAAAAAGGUUUCUAGACAAUCAUCUGUAUAUCAACAAGAAAACAAUCAUCUUUAGGGAGAUUCAAGGACACAAGCACACGGCAUCCUUUUGACAGCCACGCACCCACUUAUACACAAAUCACAACGAACUCGCAGUUUGAGUUGGCACUUUCACUUCACUUCACCAACACACCCACCACUCACUCCCAUAUAAACCAGACGGGAACCAACAUUGCAAUACCACAUCUCUACUGUCCAACAACCACAAAAACAGAAAAGGACAAUCAAUUCCUCAUCUCCAGCAAAUCCGCAGUGAAUCUUGAACAACGCAAAGACUAGACCACUGGAGCCCAGAACCACAGAGACGAUGGCGGCCCAAGAAACAAACACCACGAACGGCACUAGCCAACCGGCGGACAACCGCGUUGUCUUUUUCUUUGACAUUGACAACUGUCUCUAUCCCAAGAGCGCUAAAGUCCACGACCUAAUGGCCGACCUCAUCGACCAGUACUUUGCCCGCCACCUCAACCUACCGUGGGAGGACGCCGUCCGGCUGCACAAGGAGUACUACCAAAACUACGGGCUGGCCAUCGAGGGACUGGUGCGGCACCACCAGAUCGACCCGCUCGAGUACAACGCCAAGGUGGACGACGCGUUACCCUUGGACAACAUCAUCAAGCCGAGCGACGCGCUCAAGCAGCUGUUGGCGGACAUUGACAAGCGCAAGGUCAAGCUGUGGCUGUUUACCAAUGCGUACAUCAACCACGCGAAACGGGUGGUCAAGUUGUUGGAGAUUGAAGACUUCUUUGAGGGGAUCACGUACUGCGAUUAUAGCCAGACGCCGCUGAUUUGCAAGCCGCAUGAGGAUAUGUUUAAAAAGGCGAUGCGGGAGGCGGACGUCGUGGACAGGUGGGGGGAUUGUUACUUUGUUGAUGACUCCUACUUGAAUUGCAAAAAGGCGCAAGAGCUGGGGUGGACGACGGCGCACUUGGUAGAGGAGGGCGUGACGCCACCCAAGACGCCGGCGUCCAAGUACCAAAUAAGCACUUUGCAGGAGUUGCGGACGGUAUUCCCCGAGCUCUUCAAGAAGGAUGAGGAAUGAGGUUAGAUAGGUGUAAUUACAGGGAGCAGUGAGUGGCGUACGGCUCGGCACUAAUAGAUCAUAUAGGUAGAGCACGGAGUUCAACUUUGCAUAUAGGUAGAUAGAUGGCUGAGAACUUUGGAUUUUUUUUUUCCCAUCC